AGCGAAUCGAUGAAGCUUUCAAGACCCUCGGUGACGCAGUGCACGGGUCUAGCUUUUCGUAUGGAUCUCCCAGCGAAGAAGUCACAGGGGUCCGACUGGGUAGUAUGGCAAUUGGUCGACUCGUUCUUUCCAACCGGCGGCUUCGCGCAUUCUUACGGUCUCGAGGCAGCAGUCCAGGCGGGACUCGUUAGCGACUCCAAGUCCCUCGACACUUUCAUCAAGUCAACGCUCGAGAACUCGGGAUCGCUGCUGCUGCCGUUCGUCUCAGCGAGCUUCAAGCUACCGGACGUGGCCGGAUGGAUCGAGCUGGACCGGCUGCUCAACGCGACGCUGAGCAACCACGUCGCGAGACGAGCGUCGUCGAGCCAGGGGUCCGCGCUGCUGAGGACCGCGGCUACAGUGUACCCCGAUCUUGCGGAGCUGGGAGAGCUGCGAGGGGUGGUCCGAGCGGGGCGAGCUUCCGGCCACCACGCCGGCGUGUUUGGGAUCGUGUGUGGGCUGCUCAAGCUGGACGCGCUCACUUGCCAGCGAGCUUACCUCUACCUGACGCUGAGGGACGUGCUGUCGGCGGCAACCCGGUUGAAUCUGGUCGGGCCGCUGCAAGCCGCGGCGAUGCAGCAGAGCUUGCGAGGAUUUGGCGAGGCCGUGGUGAGGAAAUGCGCGGACAGGGGUGUGGAGGACGCUUGCCAGGUCUCGCCUCUCUUGGACACCGCACAGGCUUGUCACGAUCACCUCUUUAGUCGCUUGUUCUGCUCGUGAUCCUCGAGUGAAGAAAUGCUAGAACCCUAAAACAUUUGACAUUACCUUUCAGAUAAUAAACCAAAUUAAAGGCCUUUUAACUUUA